AUGACAACUUGGGGCAGAUAUAUGAUAUUAUUAUGAUUCUGAAACCAAAGCAAAGCCAAGCCCAGGCGUGGCUAUGUCAGCCUCCGCUCUCCGGUCCAGAUUCCGAUCACCAUCGCCAUCGAUCGAUCGGCAUGGCCGCGGCGACGGUGCAUCAUCGCCCGCAGCUGCAGUCGAGGAACGUGUGCGUGGUGGGGGGCGGCAUGGCCGGCCUGGCGUCGGCGCGCGAGCUGCGGCGAGAGGGCCACGCGGUCACCGUCAUGGAGCAGAGCGGCGACGUCGGCGGCCAGUGGCUGUACGACCCGGGGACAGACGGCCGCGUGCCCAGCAGCGUGUACGCGUGCCUCCGCCUCCUCAGCCCGCGGGAGGCCAUGGGCUUCUCCGACUUCGAGUUCCUCCCCAGGGCCGGCGCCGGCCGCGACCCGCGCCGCUUCCCCGGCCACCGCGAGGUGCACAGCUACCUCAGGGACUUCUGCCACGCGUUCGGGCUCAUGGACGCCGUCAGGCUCAACACCCGGGUCCUGCGCGUCGCAAUCGCGGAUCCGACGUCGGCGGCGACGCGUCAGUGGGCGGUGAGGUCCGUGCGGCGCCUCGGCGGCACGGAGGAUGAUGCGCGGGAGGAGGAGGAGGUGUUCGACGCGGUGGUGGUGGCCACCGGCCAGUACUCGCAGCCGAUGCUCCCGAGCGGCAUCGAGGGCAUGGCGGAAUGGAGGCUUCGGCAGCUACACAGCCACUCGUACAGGACGCCGGAGCCGUUCCGCGGCGAGGCGGUGGUGGUGGUCGGUUGCCGGGACAGCGGCAAGGACAUCGCGUUGGACCUCUGCCGCGUCGCCAGGGAGGUGCACCUCGCCGCCAGCUCCGAGGCCGCCGCGCCCACACCGGCCGUGUCAAAGAUGCUGGCCAAUCACGGCGACGUGCUGCGCCUCCACCCGCGGGUACGCCGGCUGCACGCGGACGGGCGCGUGUGGUUCGAGGACGGCUCCUCUGUCGUCGCGGACACCGUGAUCUACUGCACGGGGUACGGCUACUCGUUCCCGUUCCUGGACACGGGCGGGGCGGUCACCGUGGGCGACGGCGACUGCGUGGUCGGGCCGCUGUUCGAGCACGUGUUCCCGCCGUCCCUGGCGCCGUCGCUCUCCUUCGUGGGCGUGCCGAGGAAGGUCCUGCUGCCGUGGUUCUUCGAGGCGCAGGCGAGGUGGGUCGCGCAGGCGCUGUCCGGCCGCCGCGCGCUGCCGCCGGAGGCGGAGAUGCUGCGGGCCGUGGAGGAGCACUUCCGCGCCAGGGAGGCCGCCGGCGAGCCGAGGAAGCACACCCACCACUACAUCGGCGGCAUCGACAAAAUGUUCGAGUUUGUGGAGAAGUACGGCGACUUGACGCCGAUGGAGGACUGGAAGAAGGAGCUGGUCCUGUCGAGCAUGGCGAGCAUGAGCGACGACCUGGAGACCUUCCGCGACCGCGCCGACGACAGCGAGAACGUCCGGAAGGGCGUCCGGCGAUGGCGCGGCGGCUUAGCUGCUCAAGCUCAGGACAAAACCGUGGCCGCUGCUGCUGAAGUUGAAGGUGAUUGGCAGGCCAUGGCUAAGAAAGAAAGAAACUCCUCAACUGAAUUGAACUGCACCUCUUCGAGUAUCAGUGAGGGUAUGUUUAACGUACUUACGUCACAUCUAAACUGAUGUUCACUUUGUUUGUGGUCUUUUUUUUGUUCCAGUUUUUUUGUUUUUUGUUGCUGCAUUAUAUAUUCAUGAAAGCUUAAAUAUGACAUCCUUAAAAAACAUCUAGAUGUGAAUUAGACAAACUGUAUCAGUAAACUUGCCCGGUGAGUAUCCAAAGAUUUGAUUGCCACAUAGAGAUUUUGCUCGAUCGCCUACAGAAUUGAAAUUUCAUCCAGAUCGAGCGUGGGAUUAGGGAUUCACGAUCUGGAUGCCAGAGAAAUAGCGCACUGUAAAUGUGUAGGCUAGUUAGAGUGGAUGGAAUAUUUACCAUAAAUGCUACACACACGUACCCCCGCCUCAACUUUACGAACCCACUGAGUUGUCUUGUUCUUUUUUUUACAACAAAUAGACUUUAUUUCUCAUAUGAUGGUCAUAUCGUAUAGAAGUAAAUGAGAAACAAAAUUAGGGAUUACAUCAUCCCAAGACCUGGAAGAUCUAGCACUAGAAGAAUGCUUAGCUAGCUCAUCUCCUACUCAAGUAGCUUCCAGGAAACAGUGUUUAAAUGAUAUUUUGGCAAAAUCCAUUGCCAACUGCCUGCACUCAGAGACCAAUGCAACACCGGGUCUUAGAUAAGAGUCCAUUGUUGAAUUGCUUCCACCGCAAACGAGCAAUCAGAUUCCACCUCCACAUUGUUGCACCCCAAAUUUGCCAACAAGUAUAUUCCAUUUCUAAUUGACAUGAGCUCUACUGAAUCAACAUCUCAGAUACGUGGAAGAAACCAAGUCGCUGCUGCUAGAAAGUCACCCCGUUCAUCACGCAUGACAGCACCCCAAACUUCAGAUAAAGUAUGACGCAUCUACAUUAACCUUGACCAGUCCAUGAGACGGUUUUUGCCACAUAUGUUUUUUCUUCGAGUCGGGAGCUUUGGAGGCAUCGAUUUGAUGUAAUUUGUAGCUAGGACGCGAAUAGAAAGUGUUGUUUUCUCAGGAUUUUGAAUCACGAUUCCUUUCACAAGUUGUCGCCUUUGCCAUCAAAGGUACCACGCCGCCACAACAACCAGUUUGGCCACAGGUAAUCCAUCCGAAACAGCAUCAAGUUUUGAUAAGAUCUUCAUAGUGAUUGAGCCUAAUCUGUCCUCAUCAGUUGCUCUUUGAAUGGUAUCUAGAAAUCCCAGCUGAGACCACACUUCUUUCACAUGACGACAUUUAAAGAGACAGUGCUGCUAGUCUUCAGCACCCACCAAGCAGCAUGGGCAUUGGGGUGAACAAGGUAUGUGUCGAGCUGCCAAAACUCCAUAACAGAGUAGGCCUCCAUGUAGCAUCUCCAAGCAAAGUGUUUGACUUUCCCAGGCACAUGUAACCGCCAUAUAUCUUUCCAAAUAUGAUUAAUAUGCUCA